UCUUUAAAAAUACUUGACCAGUUUCUCGUUCUUCCCAAGUUUUGGAACUGUUUUCCGAAGUUGUGGAACAACUUUGAUUAUGGACCUUGUGUUCGUGUAUAAGUCUUUGAAACGGCGUACGUAGCUUCUCCUGCAAUAUUAACAUACAAAUAAGAUAUCCUUGUUUGUCAGAAACGGUAGUACGGUUGGUAAUAUUCAAGCAAAAGCUGUGGAAAAUGUUUUCAUCACGGUGGUUCAACAGUGGCACAAUGCAGCCCGUUAGCUAGCGGCUCUCCUUGGUGAGGGUGGCACACCAGCUUACGAAUGCUUCUGGUACACUUUAUCGCGACGAGGGUCACGAUUUGGUCAUUUAUCUUGAAUAUCCAUGUGUCAUGUUUGUUGCCGCCUCCUUUAUAUCUCCGUUGGUGUCACAAUGUAACCCGGCAUGAGACUCGGCAUGCCGGUGUUUUGGAGUCUAGUUCUGGACAUAAGCCUUGUUGUGACGGCGCUUCUCAGGAUGCAUCAUGCCGCGCAACACUAACACGCCUUUCUUCCUCGGAUAAACAAGAGAGGCUCUCCGGUACCCAUGUAAAACACCAUGACUCCAGUGGGAAAUUUGCAGAGUUGACAUUGCGCCGGACGGAUGGUACCAUGGAAAUCAAUGGGGCCAUGGUGUUGUCUGCAGACGGUCCACUCUGUUCUUCAGCUGCCACUGGUCCAUGGGGACACUCCAUUUAUGCUCCAUUUGCCUAUGUGUCAAACAUUUUGCUUGCCCGGCGACGCAGAAGCACACUCACCAGAUAUAACCCAGGCCCUAUCCUGCCUCAGUUUCAGACUGUGGCACAUCCAUCUGCAUUUGGGGUCAAAUUUCACAAGUGUGCACAGGUGAAGAUUGACACUGAUCCUCCUCAGCUGACGUUCUUCCUGCUGAUUCACAACAUGGGCCCAGUGGGUGGCAGUGCCACCAACCUGUCUCAGGUCGCUAUCCGGGAUUCCAUUUCUGGAAUAGUACCUCUAAAAACUGAAGGCAGGGUGGUGGAGAGAGGUUACCAGGCGUUUGCCAUUGAUUCAUUAUCUGCUGGAUCCCAGGUUGUGGUCAAUUAUACUGCUCACAUAAGGAGUCAUAAGAGUGAAGUCCUGGACCUUCCAGCUUUUCUCACCUUCUCUAAUGCAUCACAGAAUGAUGUCAGCAUGUUUGGUCCACUGACAGCUAAUCUAACCUUGAGGGUGAAUUCCACUGACAGGAUUUAUCCUAACCAUGGGGUCCAUUUUGCUGGAUUUGUUGUGGGAUUCUUUGUCACAUUGGUGUUGCUGUCACUGGGGUUUCUGGCCAUGAACCUGAUUGGUCCCAGAACCAGGCUGAACCUUCUUCAGCAAAGGAGAAAGAGAGGUGAUUCAGAUCCAGAGUAUGCAGAGUGCAACAUGAAUGAGACUGUCAAAGAAGAGGCAACAUUUGAAGACAAGAUGGUGGACAUCAUGGUGUUGGAGGAUCCCCAGAACAUGUAUCAGGCUUUGGAAAACCUUGAAAUGUCCACACUGCUGCGAGCCACAAAUAACGUGGAGGCCACACGGAUUCAGAUCUACAAGGAUGUGAUGUCCUCCCUGCUGGGCGGCCUGCGGUCCCAAGGCCAGGCCAGCGCCCAGGUCCAGCAGAGGCUGCUCAGUGUGCUCCACGGACAGCUGCUUGGCAUGGAGGGUCGGCUGAAGGAGGAGCGAGGGACCCGCAUGGCUGCUCUUGCUGGCCAGUGUAACCUGGAGACUCGGGAAGAAAUGGAAGCAGAGCACCGCAGAGAAGCUGCUGAGAAGGCCCAGGCUGAGCUGCUGUGUCAACAUGCAGACCAACAGGAGCUCCUCCGCUGCAGCGUCCUCCUGGAGAAGCUCCACAAGCUGAGACAGAGUCAGCUCCAGCGCAUCCUGUUGGUCCGACAUGAAGAGGCCUCAGCGAAGGUCCAGAGGCAGAUCAUUGAGUGGCGUCGGGUGGAACUGCACAAAAUUUUCUCUGAAGAAAUGGAGGAGGCCAUCAGGAUGGGCGAAUUGGAAAAGAGCACAGCCAAAAGUCUUCAACACGAUUACUUUGCCUGUCAAGAUCAGCUAGAGGAGAUGCUGGAUUUGGUCCUUGCCAAUCAGCGCUUUGUGCUAGCUGAACGCCAUGCACAGAGGAAGUUCUUGGUUCACAGCCUUCACAGCCUCAACAGCUUGAUUUCUGACACCUUCACCAGCACCUCCAGCAAUCUGGACAGCUGGUUCACUCACAUCAGGAGAGGGAGCAUUGUGCCUGAGGAGCAGAUAGACCAGCUACAGGAGAAAGCCCAGAAAGAGCUGGUGAUGGUGAGGCAGAGACUGGACGAGGCACUGAGCCAAGAAAGGAGAGCCAUGCGCUGUGACCUGAUUAAGAAGAGGCGGGAACUCAUCUCUGACAUGCUGCGGAUCCACAAACAGAGACAGAAGGAUCUGUCAGGAUUGUCCAAGGGUCUGGAGGGAAGAAUAGAUGUCGCUCAGCACCUGCACUGUUGGCAGAACCUACUGACAGCUCACAGUUUGGAGUUAGCCGAGCUCAUCAACAACCUCGAUGAGGAGGCUGCAGCCGACAUCCGCAAGGUGACUAUGCGUGUGAUCCAGGGUGCCAUAACAGAACUCAAAGCCAUCCAGCCCUCUGCAACCCAGGCCCUAUUAACACUCUUGCCUCCAGGGGCCCAACGCUCAUUGCUGCAGGUAGAACCAGAGGCAGGAGCAGGACAAGCCCAGGGACAAGGAGUGAGUGCUCUCCUGCAGGGUCAGGAAAAGUUGCACCAGGAAGGCAAGGCAGCCUUGCGCACCCUCAGCUGCACUAGGGAGGCUCUGCGGAAAGCCAUGGAGAGGGAGCUACAGGAUCAAAGGGAGCUCAGGGAACACUGCAGAGCUUUCUUCAGUUGUUUGUGUUCGUCGCAGUUGACUCUGUGUGAAGACGACCGGCUCAGGAUGAAAUUAGAAUUUCAGAAGUGUCUCUCUGUGAUGGACCAUUGCCUGGUGCUGCCCCAUGCUGUCUCCAGAACAAAACUCCACACAGCUCUGGCAGCUUGGAGAAAGGACAGCGAGCAACAGAUGAUGAAUAUGCAAUCCAAGGGGAAAACCAGUGAGACCAGACAGAUGGCGGAGACAUCUGACCUUCUGCUUUUCCAGAAAAGCCUUGAGGACAGAAUUCAACUGUUUGAGAAGGAGAAGGAGAUGGAGAGCGGUGUCAUGAACAAAGUGAUGGAGGAGAUGCAGAGGCAGCGAGAGGAUGACCUGCAUUCUCAGGCUGACAGUCUGGCAAUGCAGAUGGCCACCAUCCACUACCAGAAGGAUGAGAGGAGGACCAAAGUUUCGGAGACCUCCAGAGCAAUGCUCACUUUGCAAAGCCUGCUCAUUCAGCAGCUCAGGGAGAGAAAGAGCCUGGAGAGACAAGACAUGGCCCAGAGUAUACAGAAUCACUGCUUGGGCCUGGAGGAAGCAGAGCAGCAGCUUCAGAAGGAGAGGACAGAGAUGGGUGGCCUGCGAGUGUACCAGUCCAGAGUCGAGUCAAAUGCCGGACAGAACUGCGACGAGGGAGAGGAGGAAAACGAGGAGGAGCGGCUGUUUCAGGUGCGGCAGGAUUGCAGGAUGACGUCCAUCCUCCAGGAGGCGCUCUACAAGCGUGAAGAGGUCGACACACUGUUGGCUGAGAGGUUGCAAGAAAUGACUGCCAACAAUCAAGCCUUGGAGGAUUUAAAAGAACAAAUGGGGCUCAAGAGACUUUAUGCAAACUGUGACCAGGAUCUGGAGUUUGCGUCUCGGCUGGUGAAGCAGAGCCAGCUGUCGACCGACGUUCUCCUGGAGGCCCUGCGCCUCCUCCUCCCCACCCUGCCUGAAAUUGAUCUCCUUUCCAUCACUGACGCCCUCUGCCCCAAGCAGCACCCAGUUUCAUCCUCUGUGGAGCAGGAACACUCAGGGUGUGUCGAGGAGGUGAACAGACAUUUCUCUGUCAAACUGAGAGAAGAUGUGGUGCGCAGAAACAUGCUAAAUAUGCCAAGCUGCACUGUGGAAAGAGAGAGACUCCAGGCAAAGAGGCAAAGUCUGAUGGAAAAACUGCUCCCCAGAUCCUGCCUCCCAGUUCCAAGAGAUGUUGCACCAGCGCUGGUCGAAGAGAAGCGAAACGAGGACAGUUUGACUGUUUGUAAAUCAGGCACAGUUACGCAGCAGAACAGUGACGCCGCAGAACAAAGGGCUGUGGACACAGUGAAUGAAACGUUAUACAGCGCGGCAGAGGAAUACACAACGCCAGCCUCUGCCAGCGCUGCCCUGGGCGCCCCUGAUACUGGAGAAAGGCUGUUUGUGUUCCGGGAUCCACCUGAAUCAUUGGACCCCGUGGGCGCCCCUAAAAGAAAAAGGAAAAAGAACUUUCUGAAUCUGAAGAAAGGCUCAGUGGCUCCAACAAACCUACCUUGAGACUUACAGACCUUGUCUUUCGAAAGUUUUUUUUUUUUUUUAAGGUAAUAGUCCUUUAUGGUGGUAUAUUAUAAUACAAGAAUCCAAAAAUAAUUUUGCUGUGUAGCGAAAAAAAAAAUGUAUGUAGAACCUGGCUUUGUUUUUAAGUAAAGGCAGCUGACUUGUUUCCAGA